AAUACUCAUGGUGCUCCGGGGGAUACAAUCAGACAUGUUGGCGAUUUGGGUAAUAUCAAAGCAAAUGAUGCAGGAGAAGCUGUUAUUGAUAUCACCGACAACAUUAUAUCUCUUAGUGGUCCUAAUAAUAUUUUGGGCCGUGCUAUAGUAGUACAUUCUCAGGAAGAUGAUUUGGGUAAAGGUGGCAGUCCUGUUUCUAAUUCGACAGGAAAUGCUGGAGAUCGUUGGGCUUGUGGAAUCAUUGCUGUUCAUUAAUACUGACAAUGUGUGACAAAUCAUCGAUCGGGAGAAAUAUGGGCAUGAGGAAACAACAACUUCCGGUACGAGAAUGAAACAUCGACGCGUGCUGUUUUACAAAUUUAGCUUUGAUAUUACUAAUACGUUUUGCAAUUACAAUAAUUUCUGACCAUU